CUUUUAGUUUAAUUUCUCUGGUGAUUCAAACCAUAGGAACGAACAACACCGGUGAGCGUUGAACCCAAAAGACUCUACUUAAACCCUAAACCAGAUCGAUUCGAUGAUUGAACCUUACAACAAGCUGGUUAAACUAGCGGCGAGGGCUUUCUACGAUGAUCUAACGAGCAAAGGAGAUAAUCAGCCCAAAACGGGAAGGAGUGAUAACAGAGGAAUUGCUGUGGUGGUUCUUGAUGCGCUCACGAGACGACAAUGGGUUAGGGAAGAAGACUUGGCAAAGGACCUCAAAUUGCAUACGAAACAACUUCGUCGAACUUUGCGGUUCUUUGAAGAAGAGAAGAUCAUUACUCGAGAUCAUAGGAGAGAGACAGCAAAAGGUGCAAAAAUUUAUAGUGCCGCCGUAGCUGCUACAGCUGAUGGUCAACAGACAGGAAAAGAGGGAGAAGAAAAGGUCAAGCUGCACACGCACUCUUACUGUUGUCUAGAUUAUGCACAGAUUUAUGAUGUGGUUAGGUACAGACUGCAUCGCAUGAAGCAUAAGCUGAAAGAUGAAUUGGAGAACAAAAAUACAGUUCAGGAAUAUAUAUGUCCAAAUUGUGCAAAAAGAUAUAAUGCUUUGGAUGCACUGCGGUUAAUAUCUUUUGAAGACGAGGACUUCCAUUGUGAAAGUUGUAAUGGAAAACUAGAGAUUGAAAGUGAUAAGAUAGCUGCUCAAGAAGGGGGAGAUGGAGAUGAUAAUGCAAGAAGACGACGGCGUGAAAAGUUAAAGGACAUGCUUCAGAAGAUGGAGGUUCUUAUAUGA